AUGUCUACUUGGGGACACGUUAAACAUGGCGGCAUGGACGAUAGUAUGGGGGACGACCAUAGCGGCAGCAACAUGGAUUCCAUGGCGGCGAAUUCUAAUCACAUGAUGAAUACAGUGUUCUCUACUUCAUACAGAGGAUAUCCAGUGCUUUUCAGUAAUUUACAUGCAUCCACACGCGGCGAAGGGUUUGGAAUUUUUCUACUGAUCAUAUUGCUUUGCUUAACUUACAAAGCGGUUAUUUUUCUCAGUUGGUGCUUAGAAGUGAAAUGGUUUAAAACCAUUGGUGCAGAUUCCCAGCGUCGAAUUGUUGAUGAUGACCAAUAUAAAUCUUCCAGUUCAUUGAAUUCUACGAAUAAAUUCACGGAUGACCUCGAGGGGGCUCGGAUUCUACCAACGUUACCUACAUUAAUGUUUGAUAUAUUUGCACCUUCGUGGCCCGAAUUGAUGCAAGAUUUGACAAGACUAGUUCUGACAUUUAUUUCUACGAUGUUAAUCUAUGCAACGAUGUUGGUAGCGAUGACCUACGUUGUGUUGUACUUCUUUGCUGUUGUUCUAGGCUUGGCCUUGGCAGAGUCGUUUUUCAACAGAAUUAAAAUUGUCCUUGUCAAAAGAUGGGAACUCAAGCGGGAGAUCCGUAGACGUUCGAACUGCCCAGGCGGGGGAAAUUGCGAGCCUGGAUGCGGUCAAGCUACUAAAACUGAUGCACGCAGCUCACAAGAUAACAGAACAGCCCCUUUAUUGAGACAAGAGCAAAAGAAGAGUUGCUGCUGUGAUCCUGUUGAUCCUAGCGAAUUCGAAGAAGAUUUGAUAAGGGAGGCUAAUGAAGCUGUUAAAGAAAGGGAACUUGCAGGGAACAUGGAUGUGAGUUUAAUGCCUGCUGAAAAGUUCAGAUAG